CGGGCAGCGGACCUUUACAUAAGUUGCGUUGACGGUGGCGGCGGCGUUUUUUUGCGCAAGUAUUCGAAUUCUAGUGCGUAACGGCGGCGCGGCGGGUAAUACCAACACGCGCGUGGAGAGAGACGAAAACCGUUUAAAUGUCGAACGGCCCUCUUAGGCGUCAGUCGUCAGUCGUCGAACAUAUCGCAACUUUGGCCGGUCCGUCUGGCUAAAUAGAUCCACGUGAAUAUAACUUAAUAAUAAUAAUAACCUAACCCCCCCUGAUCGGUGUCCGCAGCGAUCGAGUGUAGUGAUAUUGUACAUUCUCCUCGAGAAUUUCUAAAAUGGUAAUAUUUUAAUUUUCCGGAAAUAAAAACGAGUACAAUUACAAAACAUACGAAAAAAAAUUAUUAAUACACGUAACUUUCUCAUGCAUUGGUGGUGUCAACGUCAUCGUUGAAAUACAUAUUUCAAGUGUCCCCCGGCGAGUUCUACGUCGGCGACGGCGGCGGCGUCAUGUCUGAGAGCGACGACGAACCGUCGGCCACAACGUGGAACGCCACCGCCGCUGUGGCCGCGCAGUGGAACGGCACCGACGCCGUGGAAGAGCUGUACUGUGGCGCCGACGGGUCGGCCGCGUUCCAAACGCUCGUCUACCUGACGUACACGAUCGUGUUCGUGGUAUCGCUGGUCGGCAACGGUCUGGUAUGCUACGUGGUCGUGUUCUCCGCGCAGAUGCACUCGGUCACCAAUUUGUUCAUCAUGAACAUGGCCGUCGGCGACCUGCUCAUGACGCUGUUCUGCAUUCCGUUCUCGUUCGUCGCCACGCUGCUGCUCCAGUACUGGCCGUUCGGCAGCGACCUGUGCCACACCGUCAGCUUCGCCCAGGCGGUCGCCGUGCUGGUGAGUGCAUACACGUUGGUAGCCAUUAGCGUUGACAGAUAUAUUGCUAUCAUGUGGCCACUGAAACCAAGAGCCAGCAGACAUCAGGCCAAAUACAUAAUAGCAUUAGUUUGGACUGUCGCUGUAAUCACAGCGUUUCCAAUACUUCUAGUUACCACAUUGGAGCAGCCAUCGAGUUGGCAUCAGGAAUGUGGACUUUAUAUUUGCAACGAGAAAUGGUCAAGUGAGAACGUCCGACAUUACUAUAAUGUAGCAUUGUUAGUUCUUCAAUAUUGCAUACCAUUCGCUGUUCUUCUAUUUACAUAUGUCAACAUCGGGGUAGUUGUAUGGGGCAAAAGGACUCCAGGCGAGGCUCAGAACUCCAGAGACGUUAGAAUGGCUAAGUCGAAGAGAAAAAUGAUAAAAAUGAUGGUGACUGUGGUAAUAGCGUUCACAGUUUGUUGGCUACCAUAUAAUAUACUUCUGAUCUUGUGGGACCACGAACCUUCGCUGAGCACGUGGAGCAGUCUGCCGUACGUCUGGUUCCUGUUCCACUGGCUGGCCAUGUCGCACACGUGCUACAACCCGCUGAUCUACUGUUGGAUGAACACCCGGUACCGGACGGGUUUCGCGGCCGUCCUGCGCAACGUUCCCGGGUUCGGGCGGUGUUUGGGUGGCUAUUUGAGGGCCACGCAACACCAGUCGCACCGGUACAACAGCCACAACGAUCCCAGCCAGGCGGACGGCCUGCACCGGAUCAACACAACGUCGUCGUUCGUGUCGGUCAAGUCGCGGCUCAAGUCGUUCAACGGACGGCCCGCGGCGUACGGCCGGAACCGCCAGAACUGGCACGAGGAGAGGCUCUGAGCGCCGCCGCCGGAACCACCGUUCGUGCAGCGUCCCAGCUGACGGCCAGACAUCCGGAGGAAAAAUGCCGUUAUCGCUGAACCGCACGCUUUUCUUUUGGACUCGGGCACGGCGCGCCGGCGGGCAAUCGACAAGCAGCGCGAACCGCACACUUUACGUAUUUUAUAUCGCUCCGUUUCGGCAUACACCAGGCGGCACAGGACCUAUAAGGUGGGAGGAGAUGUGCGGAAAGUCACCACAGUUAGAGAUACCUUCCCCUCCCCUUAUGAAACAGUGAUUUGUCGAUCACUUGACGUUUUCAAAUCACUGUUUUUCUAGAACAACUAACUACAUGAAUGUGUAAUGUGUUUCUGCAAAAGUGUAAAAAAAAAUACUCAUUAAUUUCCAAUUUGUAAUGAUGGAUAAAACCACAGAAAUUACACGAUUUCAGCUUAAAUCAGUCCAUCCAAAACGUAAUUCCUAUUAUACGUUUGGUUAAUUAAGAUUACAAAAGGAUUAAAUAUGUUAUGUGUAACCAUAUUUAUAUAGGAAAUUGAUGAAAAUCUCCGCUUUUUCAUUUUUCUCUUAUUCAAACAUUUAAAAUACAAGUUAAAUAUUUCAAAAAAAAUAAUAUGAAUUUAAAACACGAACAUCGACAAAGCGGAAUCACAUUUCAAUAUACACUCGUGAACCAUUAGUUUUUGUUUUUUCAUCUUUUACGAGUAAAAUUUCAACAGCUCUUUGAAUAAUACCAAAAGAGAACAAUCAUACUCCUAUUCCACCAAAAUUCCGCCUGUGAUUCAUAUUGUAUACAGAAAUAAUCUGCACACUUUUAGUUGAAUAAAAACCUAAAAUAAAUCGCACUAUUGUUUAGACUAUAGGCCAUCAGAUAAUAUAGCAUGAUAAUAACCGCACAUAAAAUCACUACAGAAGUCGAAUUUUAAUUACGAUUUUAGUAGUACAUUGAUUGUAUUAACAUGUGCGUAUGGAUAAAUAAUAUUAGUGCUUAAAACUCAUGUUUUUCCACACUCUUUAAAUGUAUUUUUUUAUAUUAUUUUUUAAGUCAGACAAAUACAGUUUUUAUUUAUUUCAAUUAUCAUAAGUUAUAAGUAAUACAUUUUAUAAUUUAAAAAUAUAUCAAUAUUUCCAAAUUAUAAAAUAAUUAAAAAGUCUGUAGUUUUUUGGACACAGUAACCAUAAAAAAAAAUUGCGUUUUAAACUACUAAAAGUGUGCUGAUUUUGUACUGUAUUUUAUGUAAAGUGUUUGGUUUUUGUAUUCAAUAGUCGUUACUUGUUAUUACUAUUAUGGUCAUUAUUUUUACUGUUAAUGCGAAACGCAUCUUUUCGUCCGACAUGCAUUUUGUGAUGUUAUUUUUUCUCAUAUAAAACAAAGAGUAUCAGUCAUACGCCAUUUAUAAUAUAAGUUGUAUUUUUAUUGUGCAAUGGUCAAAUCGGUUCAAAAAAAAAUUGGGCAAGGUGAUUUUUAAGUUAAAUUAUAUGCGUCAUGAUGCUUCUUCUUUAAAAAAAAAAUGUAUUAUAAUACCUAUUAUAUUUAUAAAAACACAUUUUAUGUUUACCACAACAAUUAUAGAAAUUAACAAAACGUAGUUUUGUAUGUUUUUAUAAAAAUAUAACUUGUAUAUUAUUUUAUAGGUUAAAAAUUUGUGAUUUUAUUGAAAAUUCGAAAAAAAUAUGUUAUUUUAGAAAAUGUUUAACAUAUUGUGGAUAAAUUAAAAACUACUUCGACCACUGUACAAAAUAUAA